UGUACGCACCACCCAGCAUCGAGAACCCAUCAGCAGCAAGUGCCUUCGGUGUUAACUAGGUAGCGCCACAGUGGUAUAGUAGAGUGUGAAAAAGAUUGAUAGGCGAGUCCCGAGCGGUUGAAAGUGACCUGCGGCGAACAAAACGGGAUUAUUAGGAAACUAUAAAAUGUAAGUUGCUAGAUGAUUAACUAGAACGAAUUGUGAAUAAUUCAAUAAAUUUAGUUUCAAGCUGCUGUAAAUAGAAAACACUGCUGUGGAAAUUCUGUUUCUAAUUCGUCCGAACAUUUUCUUGAAAAUUUUAUAAUGUCGCGACUGAAUCAAGAUCCAGAAAAGACGGGUUUCAACUGCGCGGGAUGUCGUCGUCCGGAUGACGACGAAAGUGAGAUGGUGUUUUGUGACCAUUGCCAACGGUGGUUCCAUUUUGGAUGCGCAGGUGUAUCGGCCGAUGUGAGGGACGUUUCCUGGUCUUGCGAAGAGUGUCUGCGCCAUUCGGCGGACAAAGAGGGGCCAGCCGGCCUAAAUGAGGAGGUGGAGAAACUUGAGCAGGAGAUGGAGAAGGAGAGGCAAGCCAUGGAGUUGCAGACGAUCCUCCACAGGAAAAGGCUGGAGCACCAGAAGAAGCUGUUCCUGAUGCGACAGGAGGCAGAAAGAGAAAGGCGCGAAAUGGAGUUGGCGUACGAGAAGGAACAAAUGGAGCUGCAAGUGGCCGAAGAAGAAGCGCACCGGAAGAAGCGCGAAGAAGUGCUGAAGCAGGUGCAGAGGAAGCUGGAGAAAGUGAAGCUCGAUUCGGCGAGGGAAGAGGUAGCCGACCUGGAGGAAGAUGGAGCAUCCGGAAGCGGAAAAGGAGGAUACAAGGAAGGUAGGAAGUCCAAUCAAGCGAAGCCGGGGAUAAAACAGCCGGAAGAAGAGGAGCCUGAGAAGCGAAAGUCGGGCAAAUCGGACCGGAAUCUAGCUAAACCGGCCAAAGCAGAUCGCGAGGAUUACCGAGGAGCCUUCAGCAAGUUCUCCACUCCGAAAGUAUUUGGGAUUGCACCACCCGUCCUGCAGGACAUAACCUCGCUCCCACCGGUGGGCAACAAGAAAACUCCACUCGGGCACCCGGAGGUGCAGAAGAAGAAGAAGAGGUCGCAGUUUGAAGAAGACGUCGCUCUACGCUCGUACCAAGCCAGCGAACCAAGUGAAGAGGAGUCCGAAGAAUCGGAUUCGGAGUCGGAAGAAGAGAGUUCGUCGCAGGAAGAAGACUUCGGAAUGCAAUCCGAGGUAAUGGUGCGUGGUCCAACGAAGGCUCAACUCUCCGCUCGGCAGUUUCUGUCGAAGAAGCUUCCGACAUUCACGGGGCGACUCGAAGAAUGGCCUAUGUUCAUUAGUGCCUACGAGACGUCCACAACGGCGUGCGGAUUUUCGAACGUCGAGAACCUGGCGCGACUUCAAGAGUGUUUGAAGGGUCAAGCACUAGAAGCGGUAAGAAGCAGGCUCCUACUUCCGAGUGCAGUACCGCAAAUCAUCAAAACCUUGCGGAUGUUGUACGGUAGGCCAGAACAGUUGCUGAACAUGCUGCUGUCGAACGUGCGGAAGGCACCAUCUCCAAGAGCGGACAAGUUGGCAUCGUUCAUCCAAUUCGGUGUAGUCGUUCAGCAGCUCACCGACCAUUUGGAAGCGACCGGUCUGACAGCGCAUCUUAUCAACCCGAUGCUCAUCCAGGAGUUGACGGAGAAGUUGCCGGCCAGUACGCAGCUGGAAUGGGUGCGGUAUCGGAGGAAGGCCCAGCUCGUGACGCUCCGGACAUUAUCCAACUUUCUCUCGAGGAUUGUCAAGGAUGCUAGCGAGAUCACUCCGUAUUGCGAGUCGGCGUCCGUCGCAUCGGAUCAAGCGUUCCGGAAUAAGAAGGGAAGAAAGGAGCAAGAAGGAUUUCUGCACACGCAUAGUGCCGAAGCCAGCGGAGUCGCCAACCAGGCUCCGAAUCGGGAGAAGAAGCCCUGCAGGAUCUGCGGCCGCUGCGAUCAUCGUAUCCGGAACUGCGAGAGCUUCAAGAGGAUGCGGUUGCCAGAAAGAUGGGAGGCGGUACGGAAAUGGAGGCUCUGCUACCUGUGCCUCAACGAACACGGAAGCGCCCGAUGCAAGCUCAACCUGCGAUGCAACGUGAACCAGUGCUCCGAGCGACAUAAUCCGCUGCUUCACAUCGACCAAUCCGUUGGCGCGAACUGCAACGUGCAUCUCCAUCGACAGUCGGUGAUUUUCCGAAUGAUACCGAUCACGUUGUACAACGGGAAGCUCAGCGUGGACACGAUUGCGUUCCUGGAUGAGGGGUCGUCAUACACGCUACUGGAAAAGUCGCUGGCGAUCGCGCUGCAAGUCCAAGGCGUAACGCAACCGCUCCGAGUGACCUGGACAGCGGGUGUAUCCAGAGUGGAAAAGCAGUCCCAAAGGGUGGAGCUCUUUGUAUCGGCAAGAGGAUCGACACAGCGCUUCCGCAUCAAAGCCGCCCAUACGGUGGACAGUUUGAAGUUGCCGCAGCAAACGGUCUCCAUGGCAGAGGUCAUCGGAGGACAUUCCCACCUGCGAGGACUUCCAGUAACAGAAUUCUCACGUGGAGUUCCGCAAAUCCUCAUCGGCCUCAAGGACAUCCAUCUAUACGCUCCUUUGGAAUCCAGGAUCGGCAAGCCUGACGAACCGAUCGCCGUCCGGUCGAAGCUAGGCUGGACCAUCUACGGGCCAACGUGCACUGGCCGAGCCGAACCAGGCAUUGUUGGUCACCAUGAUUGCGAAACGGUGACGAAUCAAGAGUUGCACGACAUGUUGCGAAGCCACUACACCCUGGAAGAGUCGGUGAUUUCCGUGGCGCUACUGCCGGAAUCCGAAGAAGACAAGCGAGCGAAGGCGAUCCUCAACAGUACGACUGUACGAGUUGGCGACCGUUUUGAGACGGGGCUAUUGUGGAAGGAGGACAAGGUGCGGUUUCCCGACAGCUAUUCGAUGGCGGCGAAACGAUUCCGCUGUUUGGAGAGGCGGCUAGCGAAAGACGACCAGCUGCGCAAGAAGGUGAGCGAGCUGAUCAACGAUUAUGCGACGAAAGGCUACAUUCACGUAGCGACAGAGGCCGAACUAAGGCGGUUCGAGCCGAACGAAGUGUGGUACCUGCCGAUCAGCGUGGUGGUGCAUCCAAAGAAGCCGGGAAAAGUGCGUCUGGUGUGGGACGCAGCAGCGGCGGUCAACGGAGUAUCGCUGAACUCACAACUGCUGAAGGGACCGGACAUGUUAACUCCGCUCCCCAAUGUCCUAGCGAAAUUCCGUGAGCGAGUAGUAGGCUUCGGCGGCGACAUCAAGGAAAUGUACCUCCAAGUUCGAGUGCGAGACGCAGACAAGAGAGCGCGGUUUGUAUUCCGUGGAAGUGAGUCAGAGAAGAUGGAGGUCUACAUCAUAGACGUGACGAUGUUCGGCGCGACAAGCUCUCCGUGUACGGCGCAAUACACCAAGAACCGGAACGCAGAAGAGUAUGCCGGACAGUUUCCGGAAGCGGCCGAAGCGAUUGUGGAAAACCAUUACGUGGACGACUAUUUCGAUAGCACGGACACGGUCGAAGAAGCGGUGAAGCGGGCCCAAGAGGUGAAGUUCGUCCAUUCCAAAGGCGGAUUCGAGAUCCGGAACUGGGUGUCCAAUUCGGGCGCAUUUCUGGAAGGCAUCGGCGAGCGUGCACCCGAUCAGAGUGUGCAGAUUCUUCAGAACAAGGAGUCAAAUCUAGAGCGAGUCCUGGGAAUAGUGUGGAAUCCAGUCAGCGACGAAUUCACGUUCCUGGCCAAGUUCCGGGAAGAUCUGGCGCCGUAUUUCUCCGGCGAACGUCGACCGACAAAAAGAGUGGUGAUGAGCAGCGUUAUGAGCCUGUUCGAUCCGCUAGGAAUGCUGGCUACCUUCGUUAUCCACGGGAAAAUGAUGAUCCAAGAUCUGUGGCGUAGUGGCAGCGACUGGGACCAACCAAUCGACGACGAAAGCUGCGAAAAGUGGAAUCGGUGGACUGCUCGGCUCCCGGAGAUCGAGAACGUGAAAAUUCCCCGUUUCUACUUCCAAGGUUCGAGGUCAGUGGAUUACAACACUGUACAGCUUCACGUGCUGGUAGACGCCAGCCAAGAUGCGUAUGGAGCAGCAGCAUACUUCCGUGUGCUCACGGGAAACGGGCCAGUUUGCGCGCUGGUGAUGGCGAGGUCGAAGGUAGCUCCAUUAAAGAUGAUGUCCAUCCCGAGGCUGGAGCUGCAGGCGGCGGUGAUCGGAGCAAGGUUGCUGCAAACCGUCGUGGAAGCGCACUCGCUGGAAAUCAAGCAGCGGUUCAUCUGGUCAGAUUCCAGAACAGUCGUAUCAUGGAUCCAUUCGGAGCAGCGUAGAUACAAACCGUUCGUGGCUUUCCGGAUCGGCGAGAUUCUCAGCCUGACGAAGCACAGCGAGUGGCGGUGGAUUUCCACGAAGAACAAUAUCGCCGACGAUUUGACGAAGUGGAAGAGCGGCAGCAGUUUGGAUUCGAACGGACCGUGGUUUCGAGGUCCGAGAUUCCUUUAUCAGCCGGAACAGCGAUGGAUGAAGCAGGAAGUGGUAGAGCCGAACACGCCAGAAGAGGUUCGGGCAUGCCAUCUAUUCCACGACCUUUCAGCAGAAGAGCCGAUGGUCGACGUGUCCCGCAUUUCCCGUUGGAAAGUGCUGGUCCGGACGGUAGCAUGCGUGUACCGUUUCAAAUCUAACUGCGUCAGGAAGCGGAAAGGGCUGGCGAUCGAGGCUGUUCCGGCACCACCAAGAGUGCGAAGCGCAGCGAAGAAGGCAAUACCAGCGAUAACAGUCCCACUGAAGCGAGAGGAGUAUCAGCGAGCGGAAACGUACCUCUGGCUGUCGGCGCAGGCCGAUGUCUACGGAGAAGAAAUCAAGACGUUGGCGAAGAACCGUGAAGUUCCACGCGGCGAGUGGCAGCCUCGGCAUCCCACCACUCGGAAGUUGCUUGAGUUCUAUCACCAGCAGGCGGCUCACGCAAACGCGGAGACAGUGAUCAACGAUGUCCGGCAACGUUUCCGGAUCCCGAAUCUACGAGCGGAGUUGAAGGCGGUGGCGAAGGCUUGCGUGUGGUGCAGAACGAAUAAGUGCGUGCCGAAGAUUCCCAGGAUGGCUCCCCUUCCGUUGGCGCGGAUCACUCCUGGCUGGCGGCCGUUCAGCUUCACAGGGGUGGACUAUUGCGGUCCGGUCACAGUUACGGUUGGACGCAGAUCGGAAAAGCGGUGGGUCUGCCUCUUCACGUGCUUGACGACAAGAGCGAUCCACCUGAAAGUGGCCCACAGCUUGACGACACAAUCGUGCUUGAUGGCCAUCCGGCGUUUCGUGUGUCGGCGGGGCAAACCUAUCGAAUUCUAUUCCGACAACGGAACGAACUUCCAGGGAGCGAGCAAGGAGAUCGUACGGAAGAUAGACGGAGAUUGUGAAGAAGCGUUCACUGAUGCAAGGACGAGGUGGAAUUUCAAUCCGCCGAGCGCGCCCCACAUGGGAGGUGUUUGGGAGCGACUCGUCCGAUCCGUGAAAGCAGCCCUGGCGGUGUUACAAGACGGAAGAAGGUUGACGGAUGAAGUGCUGCUGACUACGUUGGCGGAAGCGGAGGACUUGGUUAAUUCGCGCCCGUUGACGUACGCCGGGCUAAGUCCGGAGGCUAGCGAAGCGUUGACGCCGAACCAUUUCGUGAAAGGUCCAGAGUUGGUGGUAGAGCGUGUUUCGUCGACGAACGCAGGCGAAGCGCUCCGGGACCUGUACAAGCGUUCGCAGGCUGUAGCAGAUAGUCUGUGGAAGCGGUGGAUAGCGGAGUAUGUGCCGGCGAUCAACCAGCGGACUAGGUGGCAAGGAGAGACCCAGCCCAUCAGCCAAGGAGAUCUGGUAUAUAUAGCGGAUGAAGGAGUGCGGAAGAGCUGGAUGCGUGGCGUGGUGAGCGAGGUGUACCCUGGAGCUGAUGGCAGAGUCCGGCAAGCGCUGGUGAAGACUGCAAGGGGAGAGUUCCGGCGGCCGGUAGCGAAGCUGGCUGUGCUGGAGAUUCAAGGGCGUAACUCUGGUGCUGUAGAACGAUCCCCCCCAGAAUUACGGGGAGGGGGUAUGUACGCACCACCCAGCAUCGAGAACCCAUCAGCAGCAAGUGCCUUCGGUGUUAACUAGGUAGCGCCACAGUGGUAUAGUAGAGUGUGAAAAAGAUUGAUAGGCGAGUCCCGAGCGGUUGAAAGUGACCUGCGGCGAACAAAACGGGAUUAUUAGGAAACUAUAAAAUGUAAGUUGCUAGAUGAUUAACUAGAACGAAUUGUGAAUAAUUCAAUAAAUUUAGUUUCAAGCU